AUGACGGUCAAUCCACUUUUUGGUCUCCCUCCUAUCCCUCACGAUCGUGCCGACGGUCUUCGCCGCUUCUACCCCAGCUCGCCAACAGCCAAGCCUGAGGACCUCUACCAUGACUCCAUCAACGCCUGUACCCUUCCUGGCCUUCGUUUUAUCCGCAACGACAAUUCCCGCGAGAUGCUCAUCUUCAUUGAUGGCGCCUGUUCGAACAACGGGACACCACAGGCUCGUGCGGGUUACGGAGUCAAGCUGAGCGCUCGUACCAACUUUGGCAGGCGACUCGAAGGCAGUGGUCCGGAGACAUCCAACCGUGCCGAGUUACGCGCUGCUAUUGUCGCACUGGGGCUGAGGAUUUGGAAUGGCGAGGGUUUUGACAAGGUGGUUUUGGCGUGCGACUCGGAGUAUGUGGUUAAGGGGAUAUCGGCGUGGGUGUCCAAAUGGAAAACGAAUGGGUGGCGGACUGCUCAGCGAACUCCGGUGGAGAAUAGAGACCUGUGGGAGAUGUUACUUACGGCAUUGAGGAAGCAAGAUGAUCGAGGAGUGAUGGUUCAAUUUUGGCUGAUUCCGAGGGAAGACAACGAGGCCGAUCCUUACGCCAAAGCGGGCACGCUUGCAGAGAAAGAAGAGAGCAUGAGCGAAGUAGUGGGAGUUUUUUGA